AUGAUGUCUAAGAGAAAGUUGGAACAGAAGAUCAAGGACUUUAUACGUGGUCCCCUUAAGGGCGAAACGUAUGAGUUGAAAGCCGGUUUGGUGUCACAAUAUGAAUGGGAACGGAAGGACUCCAUUCAAAGAGUCAUUCAAGCCAUGACAGUUGGGAAAGACGUCUCAUCAUUGUUUCCAGACGUCUUGAAGAACAUUGCUACCUACGACAUUGAACAGAAGAAGUUGGUGUAUUUAUAUUUGAUGAAUUAUGCUAAAACCAACCCUGAGUUGUGUAUACUUGCGGUUAACACUUUUGUUCAAGAUGCUACUGAUCCUAACCCUUUGAUUAGGGCUUUGGCUAUUAGGACUAUGGGAUGCAUUCGAGUGGAGAAAAUGGUGGAUUAUAUGGAAAUCCCCUUAAGAAGAACAUUGAAGGAUGAUAAUCCUUAUGUCCGGAAAACUGCAGCCAUUUGUGUAGCCAAAUUAUUUGAUUUGAAUCCUGUUAUGUGUGUUGAAUUGGGAUUCCUUGAUGAUUUAAAGGCUUUAGUUAAAGAUUCAAAUCCAAUGGUUGCUGCUAAUGCUGUUACGGCUUUGUUUGAAAUUAGAGAUAUGAAUAGAGAUCCAAAUUUGGAAGUGUUUGUGGUUACCACAGAAGUGGCAAAGAUUCUUCUUUUUUGCCUAAAUGAAUGCACUGAAUGGGGGAGAAUCACCAUUUUAACAGCAUUAACCGAUUAUAAGGCAAAGGGUCCAGAAGAAGCAAAUCAUAUUAUUGAAAGAGUUAUUCCUCAAUUACAACAUGUUAAUCCUUCAAUCGUAUUGAGUUCUAUUAAAGCCAUUAUCCAUCAUUUGGAUUCUAUUCGUUCUACCAAUUCCAAGAAUUUAAUAUUAAAGAAAUUGGCUGCUCCUCUAGUUUCUUUAGUUAGUGCUUCUAUUCCCGAAGCUCAAUAUGUUGGUUUAAAAAACAUUAGAAUCAUUUUGGAAAAAUAUCCACAAAUAUUAUCCAAAGAAUUGAGAGUAUUUUUCAUUAAAUAUUCGGAUCCUUUAUAUUUAAAAUUGGAAAAAUUGGAUAUCAUGGUUCGUUUAGCAAAUGAAGCCAAUUGUGCUUUAUUAUUAGGUGAAUUAAAAGAAUACGCCAUGGAAUUUGAACCUUCACUUAUUGUUAGGGCUAUCAAAUGUAUUGGAUCUGUGGCUGUUAAAUUGCCUGUUACCACAAUUAAAGCCAUUAAUUUAUUAACUGAAUUAAUUGAACAAAGAGGCGGUGAUUUAAUUAUUAAUGAAUCUGUUGCUGCAUUGACCAAAAUUUUAAGACGUUAUCCUGGUAAGAAUGAUUUGAUUACUGUCAUUAUACCUGUUAUUUCUAAUCAGAUGGAAGAUUUAUCUACUAAUGAAUCAAUUAGUGGGUAUGUAUGGUUAUUAGGAGAGUAUCCUAAAUAUUUUUCCCAAUUACAUGACAAAUUGUCAUUAUUAGUGGAAUCAUUUUUGGAUUAUGAUCCAACAAUUCAAUUAAACAUUUUGAAUUCAACAGUUAAAAUUAAUUUGGUGAUUUCUGAUAAGAAUCUUUAUCAAGGAUUACUUCAACAAGUUUUGGAAAAGGCUACUAAAGAAUGUGAAAAUGCAGAUGUUAGAGAUAAGGCUUUUAUUUAUUGGAGAUUAUUAUCAUCAUCAUCAUCUGAAGAAUCCAAAAAGAAAAUAUUAUUGACUAAAUUACCUCCAAUGUCUUCAGCAGUUCCAUCAUUUUCUCCUGCCAUAUUGGAGAUUUUAUUGAAGGAGUUGGCUACAUUAUCUUCAGUAUACCACAAACCAGCAUACACAUUUAUAGAUCCCUCGACAUACGCUCCAUUGUCAACUGAACGCAACCAGAACAACUCCAACGAUAAGAAUAUUGAAGACUUGGCUAACUUGGCCAAGCAAGAGAUCAUCAACAAUGCUAAGAAUGAAAACUUGUUAGAUUUUGAUGACGAUGAAGAUCAAGAAAGUACUCGAGGAGAUUCUGGUGGAUUAUUGGAUGAACUAAAUGAUUUAUUCAUCACACCAAAUGCUCCACAAGCUGGCACUGUACCUCCCAACACCACCAACAAUAAUGAUAUUUUGAGCUUAUUCGGGGCACCUUCAGGUGCUGCUACAACCUCUACUACUACCACUACGACCACUAGUAAAAGCAACUUAAACAACGACUUGUUGGAUAUUUUCUAA